AACGUGAAGUGGCAGUGGCUGCUAUUCCGGCUGGCGACUGUGGCCUUCUGCCUUCAGUUGUUGUGCCGCCGUGAAGGAGGACGGAACCGUGCGCGCAUACGGAGCACAUUGGCGCCGCUGGCAUUGGAUCCAAGAGAGAGACUCCCAGAUUCCGCAGUUCCAUAGUUUCGAAAAACCGCUUUCGAGUGCUUUUUUUGUCAGUGCUUUCUGGUGGCUGGCGAUCUGAGUGGCUGGCGUCCAUGGCUGGCGUUUGGAAUUGUGAAGGUCAGCGCGUCGUCGCGAUCGGUCUGCCAUUUCAGUGUGUGUCGUAAUCCCAGGGAUCCCUAGAGAUCGCGUUUGGCAGGCGUGCAAAAGAUACGAAUUCUGUUUGCCCAGGACUUGGUGUAAGUGAUACCACGCAAUCGGACAGCCUGGCACUGCCCAUGCAUCCACCAGCUGCAGUGCAGCAGCGCCGGAAUGUUGGCCGCUGGCAGCAGUGAGACCACUGACUUUGGGCCACACUCGCGGCAACUAUCGGCUGGCACCACGCCCAAGCGACCCCACAAGGCCAGCAGCCACCGUCCUGCUCCUGGUCCUGCUCCUGCUCCUGGUACUGACCCAAUGACAACUGGUGGCUCCAGCGCAGCCAGCGGUAACGGAAACGCGCUGUCCUCGGCGAAGGGAGGGAGCGGCGGUGGAGGCGCCAUGUCUGCCACCACGGUGACAGCGACGACGGGGAAGGCCACGGUCAGCCAUGGCCAUGGUCACGGCCACGCCCUCGGGCGCAGUGACGCAGUGACGAGAGGCGGCCGAGGCGCGGCAGCCGGACGCUCCAACGUGGACGGCUUCGUUGGCGGAAUCGAGACGUACUUGGGCCUCAUCGGGUGGCGGAAAAAGUGCCUGUACACCCUGCUGCUGCUGCUGAUGCUGCUCAUCAUCACGAACCUGGUGCUCACCCUCUGGAUACUCAAGGUGAUGGAGUUCUCAACGGAGGGCAUGGGGCAGCUCAAAAUCGUACCCGGUGGCAUACAGCUGUCCGGACAAGCGAUAAUUAUGGACAUGCUGCGCGCCUCCACAAUCCGUUCGCGGCACGGCCAGCCCAUCUCCAUAGAGUCAUCACGUAACUUUUCAAUCAAUACACGUGAUCCGAAUGGCAUGAUUGAGAAUCAUUUAUUCCUGGGACACGACAAGUUCGAGUGCCUGUCGGCGGGCUUUCGCAUAAACGACACCAACGGACGCAGCCUGUUCUCCGUGAACCGCGAUGAAGUCACCAUCGGAGCACAUGCCCUGCGGAUCGACGGCGAAGGCGGCGCCGUCUUCCGGGAAUCCGUGCAGACGCCCCACGUGCGGGCCGAGCCCGGCCGGGAGCUGAGACUCGAGUCGCCCACACGCCAAUUGGAGAUGACGGCGGCCAAGGACAUCAAUUUGCAGUCGCGGGCAGGAGGCAUAGAAGUCGUGGCCCUGGAGGACGUCAAGUUCCGAGCCCUCGAUGGGAGCCUGCGCUUGGAGUCGUCCAAGAUACUCAUGCCCAACCUGCGUACGGCCCAGCCGCCCAUUCUGGGCACUGCCCAGAGCAGGGAUCACAUGCACCGCGUCUUCCAGCUCUGCGCCUGCUCCAAUGGAAAGCUCUUCCUGGCGGCUCCGCACUCCAUAUGUGCCGGCGAUGAUUCCACUGUCUGCAGAUGAUUGCACGACUCAGCGCGCUGGCAGUCCACGUCCGCAUCGUCCAGGUCCAGGUCCAGGUCCCGCUCCGAUACCGAUACGGAUACGGACACUGAUUAAGGACACUGGGUCUCCGGAGUUUUGACACACCGGUAUGCAAGUAUGCAAGCAUGCAAGAUCACAGCCAUAGCCACACCCAUAGGCACACGUUCAUGUCGAAUCACUCAUAUGCUAACUGGAACAUAGGACAUAUACCCAACUAGUGCAAAUCACUCACCCACACACACAUGGUAAGCCAGGCGCUAGUCCUGCAUUCAUAGCCGUUCAUUAUCGUUCACACUCACACUGUCGAGGGAAUUGUACCCGAACUCGAAGGACAAAAUCAAGAGCUUCUUAGACACUUGGAUGUUGUGUACUAGUAUAACGAGGGCAAUUCGGAGACAUAGGCAUAGUACCCAUAGACCUAUAUUAUAUCACCAGUCAACUGCUAAAGGAGUGAAUAAUAGACAGAUAUGAUGUCAUAGUCAGCGGUAGUCGAAUCCCACAUCAGUUUUGGCGUAAGUUCUAAUCCCCUCAAAAAUCAGAUUGAAUGAAAUUCGGUUAUAGUUUGGUUUUAGCAGAAAUCACCACACACAGCUCGCCUUAUACAAGAAAGUAUUUCUACUAGUUUUCGAUUACGAAUAUACGCUAAUGUUUACAGCUCGGUUUGAUGAAUCAGUACCACGAACUCGAAUGAUUAUUCUUUAUAAGCAUAAAACCUGUCCCGAUUCCACAAAGCAGUCCACAAAUAUUGUACAUAAGACUGUCGAACGCAUAGAACUCCAAUACUGCAACAUAGCAUCCAUCACAGUGCAAUACGAAUACGAAUACGAAUACAAGUUGAAAUAUAAACUGAAUAGGACCUACUCAUAACCGUAUUCAUGUAGAUAUUCUCGCGGAAACUAAUGAAAUUUAGAAAUGUUUAUACGAUAACUACGUACUACGAUCAGAAUAUCCAAAAUCCGAAGCAGCAUGCUGGUAUCAAACACAAUACGAAGACAAUGAAUAUCAUCCAAUAAGUCGCAGAGCUAUUUAUACCUAUACCUAGAUACAGAAAUUAACUGAAAUUCGAGUAUGAGUAUCGAUAUGAAUACAGAAAUGAAAUAUGGCUAUGGAUACAAAUACGAAUAUAAAUAUG